AUGGACAGCGUUAGAUCAGCUCCAGUCAGAGACAACUACCCAAUGUGUGCAACUUGGCCUGGUUCGGUUAAACUCGGAGUCAAAGUGGAGUUGAAAUGCAAUGCCAACCUCCCGAAGUUCAGGUACCUAAUAGCGCAGGCUGGCGCAAACUCGUUAGAUGGAAGUUUCACUAUUUGCGAGCUAGAGGCCUAUGAACCAGUUAAUAAAGAUUCUCUAAUUUGGAAAAGACAAGCCGGCACCUACUUGACUGGAUAUAAAAUGACGUCCUUGAAGAGCAGAAGUGUCAUGCAGUGCGUGAAUCGUUGUCGUCACUCGGGUCAGUGUGACUCCAUCAACUUCAAUGUGGGUUCCUUGACCUGUCAACUCAACAAACACGCAAACGGGUACUCUCCUAAAAAACUGACCAACAACGUAGAUUGGUCAUUUUAUACAGCUUACUACUAUUGA